CAAAGGUGCUGGGAUGCGUACACAAGUACCAUGGGAAAACAGAAACAUUAAUACAGUAGUUUUCGUUUUCAAAAUCAAAAAUUUAAAUAUUUUUAGCUAAUAGCAGUGAAAGUACAUGAGGGCACAGCUAAUGGGUCGUUAGCUUUUUAAUUUUACGAGUACUUGUUGUAACUUGCAUGAAAUCAGUUUGGAGGUGAAUCGCGAACAACUCUAAUAAGGGUUAUCAAUUUAUCAUUAAUUUUGCGUUUUCCAGUUGGGAAGUUGGUGCUAACCAUAAGUUCAAUGAGUGUAGUCACUGUAGUGUAGUGACUGUGAUCGUGCACUGACAAGAUUUGAGUCGGAUUUGAGUUCUGCAUCUUUGCUCCAGUAAUUGAGCUUGUCGAUCUAUCCAAAAAUGGUGGAUUAUAGCAAAUGGAAAUCGAUUGAGGUUUCCGAUGAUGAAGAUGAUACCCAUCCAAAUGUGGAUACGGGCAGUCUGUUUCGAUGGCGGCAUCAAGCGCGAGUCGAAAGAAUGGACGAGUUUGGCAAGAGAAAACAAGACGCUCAGGAAGCAUACGAAGCAGCGCGAAAACUUCGAUUGGAGAAGCAGCAAGAACUUCAAGCCAAGGCCGACGAUCCUGAUUUAAAGAAGGACUUGGAAAAAGCAAAUAAGGAUGAAACAGCAACCAAGGAAAAAUUGGACGAAGUAAUGAAAGAGGAAAAGAAACAAGCCUGGAAUGUGGAUACGAUCUCAAAGCCAGGAUUUAGCAAAACGAUUGUUAACAAACCCGCGAAGCCGGUGACGAAGGACAUGACCGACGAGGAAAGGGAACAGUACUAUGUCGAUUUCGUUAAGAAGAAUGAAGCGGAUAUCAAGAAGUUUGCUUUUUUCCGAAAUUAUGAUGAUAGCCGGGAAUUUCUGCAGUCGCACUCCGAAUUGGUGUGCGAAGAAACUGCAAAUUAUAUGGUGUUAAUGUGUUUGAAUUUGGAAAUGGAGCAGAAACAUGCGCUUAUGGACCACGUUGCUCAUCAGGCGAUUGUGAUGCAGUUCAUUUUAGAACUCGCCAAGCAGCUGGAUAUGGAUCCUCGCGCUUGUGUUAGCUCCUUUUUUAGCAGAAUUAAACUUGCUGAUAAACAGUACAAGGAUGCCUUCAACGAUGAAUACACGGCAUUCAAGGGCCGCAUUCAAGAGCGCGCUAGAAUUAGAAUACAAAAAGCCAUGGAGGAAGUGGAAGAGGAAGAAAGAAAUGCCCGUCUUGGUCCAGGUGGAUUGGAUCCUGUGGAAGUUAUGGAAGAAUUACCAGAGGAGCUGAGAAAAUGUUUUGAAUCGCGUGAUACGGAAAUGUUGAAGGAAGUGCUGGCAAGUCUGGAUAAGGACAAAGCCAUUGAAUAUAUGGACAAAUGCGUCAAGUCUGGUUUAUGGGUACCGGAAGGUGGCGCUUCGAAUGAACCGGAAAACAUCAAAACGACAGAGGCAGUAGCGGAUGGAUCGUCCUAGUUCGUCCUUAUGGAAUUCUGCAGCAGCUUUGCAUUCACUUCACCCAAUGUAAUUCACAAGCGGUCGAAUGUUUUUAUUUUUGUUUGAAGACUAGUCGUUCGUUUGACCAGGAAUGGAUUCCAAAGUUUCUUGUGUUCUUUAAUUAUUGUUGUCACUGGCCACAGUUGCGACUAAAUUUACGCACGGAC